AUGGAACCGUCGCUGGAAGAAGCGUCUACUCUUCUUGAGAAACGAAGAAACACUGAAAGGCGACUACAUCUACUUCAGACUCUGCGUGAGCGCUUUGUUUUAUCUGAAGAUGAAGAAUUGGCGCUUGCUUCAACUGCCGAGCCGGUAAAUGAUGCUUUCUUUGCUGCUCUUGCAAAAGCCAAAAAGAUCACUCAAGAAUGCGAAGUGCUCCUUGGCUUUGAAAAACAGACCCUAGCUUCCGACAUUAUGGAGAGGGCAACCAAAAGUAUCGGCUUUGGCUUUCAAAAACUCUACAAAUGGGUUCAGCGGGAGUUCAAGAGUCUUGAUCUGGAAAAUCCUCAAAUGAACGCCACCAUGAGAAAGGCUCUAACAGUGCUCGCCGCCAGACCCUCGUUGUUUCAAAACUGUCUGGACUUUUUUGCAGACGCGAGGCAACAGAUUUUGUCCGCUUGUUUUUUUGCGGCCCUGACUGGAGAGGGCAUGGGUGCCGGCUCUGCUGCAGUUAAACCAAUCGACAUGAUCGCGCAUGAUCCUCUCCGCUAUGUUGGCGAUAUGCUUGCAUGGAUUCACUCCGCCGCAGUCAGUGAAAGAGAGGUUCUCGAGGUUCUUUUCAUUGCCGACGGCGAGGAGCUCGUGAAAGGCAUUCACAGCGGUCGCGAUGCUGAAUUGUGGCGGAUUAUAUCUGAUGGUGAGAACGAGGAUUUCAACACUUUGAAGGCGUUGAACAAUCUUGUCGACAGAGACGUAUCUGGCGCAGCUCGCAUACUCAGACAAAAGGUAGAGCAAGUCAUACAAUCUAACGAGGAUUCAAUCCUGGCGUACAAGCUAGCGAAUCUUCUCAAAUUUUAUGGCGUCAUGCUUCUGAAAUUACUUGGACCAGACUGCAGUCUUCUAUACUCCGUUCGUGGCUUGGAAAAGGAGGCUAUGAGGCAGUUCAGGGCUUUACUGAGGGAGCACAUUGCCGCAGUUCGAGCCGAGCCCCAAAGUAUACCUUCUGAUCUGAGCCCGCCAGUGUUCUUGCAGGACGCACUCAAACAAAUUCAAGUUAUGCUGAGCACCUACGAAACAUCCCUAUCAACCAACGAAAGCAGGGAGGGCGGCAUCGAACAAGUCCUGGCCGAGGCUAUAGACCCGUUCAUUCUCGACAGUGAAGCAUUGGCAAAGUCUAUGCCAGCCCCACGCAACUCUAUAUAUUUGAUGAACUGUCGUCUGGCAGUCGCGAACUGCUUCAAGCGGAGCAAUUUUACAAGCAAGCGGGGGGAGCAGGUGACAACAUCAAUGAACGAGGAGAUCGCCACUCUUACGGACUCUCAACUGGACUUCUUCGUUCAGGGCUCCGGCCUGUCUGGUUUAAUCGCAACAGUAAGGGGGUGCGCACGUUGUGACGUCGAUUCCAUCACAACCAGCAAGCUUUCUGCUUCGAGCAGUGAAUUGGACCAUUUUCUCCCAUCCGCAUACAUGGAUGCCCUGGAGCGCCUUGGAGGACUUCAGGACUCAGGUCUUGCGCGGGAGAUAACUGAAGAAGCAGCGGAGCGCUUCUGCACAGACUUUGAUUUGCUGGAGAAAUUAAUCGAUUCACUGGAUGCAGCCAAAGGGGACAACAACGACAAUGAUCAUCUCCGAAGUGUGUUCCCACGCACGGCGAGUGAGAUUCGGGUAUUAUUGUCGUAG